AAGGAGGCGAGGAGCGGACCCGAGGAGGAUGCAAUUGAGAUUUCCCCGUGUCAAACUCAGCCAGUGGUCAAGCCUUUUGUUGCAUCCUCCUCUUUCUCUCGCUAAAAGAACUUUAAACCCCGCACUGCACAAGUGAAGUCAACACAUCCUCUUACUACCUGUCGUUCGACGCUGCUUCACUCGCCUGCCUCUUUGGAACAAAAAGGAUAUAACCGCUCUUUAAAAUCUCUGCUAAAGGUAAGUAUCUAGCUACAGCCGGUGUUUGCUUUGACUUGAGUGAAUUCUUAUACAUUUUCUCUUCUGUCAUGUGACGCACUACUUACUCAUCACUUUGCUGGAUGCUCAAAAAUGCACGUAGGCCUACACACUUUUUGGAUACAUUCUGUAGCUUGUAACCUGGUUGCAACAGCCUAAAUAAUGUUAUUUAUAUCUUUGCUUCGUGAGCGACUCCGUUUUGAACAUGACAAAGUUAUCGUGUUACGGAAUGUCAUUUGUAGACGUGGUUAAUGAUUGACUACUUCAAUAUUAGCUUGAACUGUGCAGAGUGACAAACGAGGUGGAGGUUAUAGAUUUUCUGCCAUCUUGCAGCCGACUAGUACAAAAAAAGCAUCCGGCGUCAAGGACGAUGAAAGGACUAUUGGGUCAAUGUGAUUACAAAAGUGUAUUAAACAUUGGCCUAUAAGGACAUAGCUACGUUUUUAUAGGGAAUUAUAAUUUACCUAUUGUGAUGUCAGUUAUCGCAUACCCGAAAUUUUGAGGCUUCAAUAUUUUUUAUAUGAACAAGCCUAUUAGUAUUAAUAGGCCUCUAUGGGGCGAGUCCAGGCCAGCAAGGCCCCAAUAUAUCUUUGGUAUCUCAGAUUGUUCUGGCAAUCAUCACAUAGAAACUUAAUUGGGACGAAGUAUGUUUGAUAUCCUUUUUAUAUUUGUAUCAUAAACCAUUUUUGAGAAGAUCAUAAUGAAAGUGGCAAUUUUAAGCCCUUUUUAGACUACAUGCCCUCUAUCAACCGUACAUGAGACAGACAUCUUGGUGUUAUACAUUUACAUUUAAGUCAUUUAGCAGACUCUCUUAUCCAGAGCGACUUGCAGUAAGUAGUGACUGCAUACAUUUUUCGUAGCUAGAGGUCCCCCGUGGGAAUCAAACCCACAACCCUGGCGUUGCUCUACCAACUGAGCCACACGGGACCCAUUAUAGAUAGUCCUUAGUUUGCUCUAAAAUAUGGAUGGCUAGAUUCUGAAAUACAUUUUUUCACAUUAAUAUUUUUAAAGUUGAAUAAAUGAAUGUGAAUAUCUCAAAUACCCUUUUUGAUUUUGUUAAUAUUAACACAUUGUUUUAAACAAUGUACUCUACAAGUACAUCACAUUUCCAGAAUGCAUGCCCUGUGACUUUUAAGUUAGGAUAAAUGUCAUGAGCACCACCAACAAUGGGAAUGGGAAAAUGGAUUUAAAGGGAACUCCCUCUGCUGGCGGUUUGCUGAAUGUGCAAUCCUGAAGGAGGGCUGGAAUUGGUUAAAGGGGAAGUUUACUUUAUUUGAACCAAAUCUCUAUUUUUGUUGUAAAUGGCAUGUUAUAGACUUAUUUUUUUAGGAAGAAGAUCAGCUUUAAUAUUGCAGAUUGUGGCUUUAUCAAUGUAAUUGUCUGCAUCAUACAGUUGAAGUUUACAUACACUUAGGUUGGAGUCAUUAAAACUCGUUUUUCAACCACUCCACAAAUUUCUUGUUAACAAACUAUAGUUUUGGCAAGUCGGUUAGGACAUCUACUUUGCAUGACACAAAUAAUUUUUCCAACAAUUGUUUACAGACAGAUUAUUUCACUUUAAAUUCACUGUUUCACAAUUCCAGUGGGUCAGAGGUUUACAUACACUAAGUUGACUGUGCCUUUUAAACAGCUUGGAAAAUUCCAGAAAAUGAUGUAAUGGCUUUAGAAGCUUCUGAUAGGCUAAUUGACAUCAUUUGAGUCAAUUGGAGGUGUACCUGUGGAUGUAUUUCAAGGCCUACCUUCAAACUCAGUGCCUCUUUGCUUGACAUCAUGGGAAAAUAAAACAAAAUCAGCCAAGACCUCAGAAAAAUAAUUGUAGACCUCCACAAGUCUGAUUCAUCCUUGGGAGCAAUUUCCAAACGCCUGAAGGUACCACGUUCAUCUGUACUAACAAUUAGUAUGCAAGUAUAAACACCAUGGGACCACGCAGCCGUCAUACCGCUCAGGAAGGAGACAUGUUCUGUCUCCUAGAGAUUAACAUACUUUGGUGCGAAAAGUGCAAAUCAAUCCCAGAACAAUAGCAAAAGACCUUGUGAAGAUGCUGGAGGAAACAGGUACAAAUGUAUCUAUAUCCACAGUAAAACGAGUCCUAUAUUGACAUAACCUGAAAGGCCGCUCAGCAAGGAAGAAGCCACUGCUCCAAAACAGCCAUAAAAAAGCCAGACUACAGUUUGCAACUGCACAUGGGGACAAAGAUCAUACUUUUUGGAGAAAUGUCCUCUGGUCUAAUGAAACAAUAAUAUAACUGUUUGGCCAUAAUGACCAUCGUUAUGUUUGGAGGAAAAAGGGGGUUGCUUGCAAGCCGACGAACACCAUCCCAAACAUGAAGCACGGGGGUGGCAGCAUCAUGCUGUGGGGGUGCUUUGCUGCAGGAGGGACUGAUGCACUUCAUAAAAUAGAUGGCAUCAUGAGGAAGGAAAAUUAUGUGGAUAUAUUGACGCAACAUCUCAAGACAUCAGUCAGGAAGUUAAAGCUUGGUCGCAAAUGGAUCUUCCAAAUGGACAAUGACCCCAAGCAUACUUCCAAAGUUGUGGCAAAAUGGCUUAAGGACAACAAAGUCAAGGUAUUGGAGUGGCCAUCACAAAGCCCUGACCUCAAUCCUAUAGAACAUUUGUGGGCAGAACUGAAAAAGCAUGUGUGAGCAAGGAGGCCUACAAACCUGACUCAGUUACACCAGGUCUGUCAGGAGGAAUGGGCCAAAAUUCACCCAACUUAUUGUGGGAAGCUUGUGGAAGGCUACCCGGAACGUUUGACCCAAGUUAAACAAUUUAAAGGCAACGCUACCAAAUACUAAUUGAGUGUAUGUAAACUUCUGACCCACUGGGAAUGUGAUGAAAGAAAUAAAAGCUGAAAUAAAUCAUUCUCUCUACUAUUAUUCUGACAUUUCACAUUCUUAAAAUAAAGUGGUGAUCCUAACUGACCUAAGACGGGGAAUCUUUACUAGGAUUAAAUGACAGGAUUGUGAAAAACUGAGUUUAAAUGUAUUUGGCUAAGGUGUAUGUAAACUUCUGACUUCAACUGUAUGUAUGUGUGGUGUGAUGUGAUGGUUUAGGGAUUUUUUUAUAUAAAAAGGUUCUUACUGUGGAAUGCAGUAUUUGCUUUUCGCCAGGCAUGAUGGGACCCAUGUCUUCCAAAAGGUUGACUCAAGUUUGCCAAAAAGCACCUGGAUGAUCAUCAAGACUCUUGGAAGAAUGUUCUAUGAACAGAUGAGUCGAAAGUAUAACUUUUUGGACAACAUGGGUACCAUUGUCUUGCUGGGUCCCAUGAAUUCUACUCUGUAUAAGAGAAUUCUACAGGAGAAUGUCAGGCCAUCCGUCUGUGAGCUGAAGCGCAGCUGGGUCAUGCAGCAAGACAAUGAUCCAAAACACACAAUCAAGUCUACAUGAAAAUGGCUAAAAAGCAACAAAAUUGAAGAAGCUGAUUUAAACAGCAUGAUCAUUACACAGGAGCAUCUUGUGCUGGGGACAAAAGUCCACUAAAAUGUGCAGUUUUGUCACAACACAAUGUGACAGAUAUUUUGAGGGAGCGUGCAAUUGACAUGCUGACUGCAGGAAUGUCUGCCAGAGCUGUUGCCAGAGAAUUGAACGUUAAUUUCUCUACCAAAGUCGUUUUAGAGAAUUUGGCAGUACAUCCAACCGGUCUCACAACUGCAGUAUGGCGGCGUGUGGGUGAGCGGUUUGCUGCUGUCAACGUUGUGAACAGAGUGCCCCAUGGUGGGGUUAUGGUAUGGGCAGGCAUAAGCUACGGACAACCAACACAAUUUUAUCGAUGGCAAUUUGAAUUCACAGAAAUACAGUGACAAGCUCCUGAGGCCCAUUGUGAAGUCCUUUUUAAAUGUUAUUUUUUUUGUGUCUGUGACCAACCGAUGCAUAUGUUUUUCCAAGUAAUGUGAAAUCCAUAGUUUAGGGCCUAAUUUAUUUAUUUAAAUUGACUGAUUUCCUCAUAUGAACUGUAACUCAGUAAAAUCUUUGCAUGUUGCGUUUAUAUUUUUGUUCAGUAUACAUAAUGAUGUGUCUUGGGAUUGCCCCUUCAGUCCACUGUGAAUAGGCAGCCUCUGACCCCAGCCAUAGGACCAUUAUCCACCCAUUUGUCUAGUAUUUUGUUAGCCAAUUUCUAUAGGCUUGUUCUGUGAUUGACUGACGAGGUGAACACAUUGUGCCAGGCAAGCAGUCCUCAUGGGCAAGCCUCUGUUUCCCUCUCGCAGUGUCUAGACUUGACAGUUCAUGCAGCUUUAGUAUUCUCAUCAGAGUACUGAUUAUGGAAUUCCGAACGUAUCAUGUGUCUAUGCCUACAUUUAAAUGUGUCCGGAUUGGCUUUUCCCACGCUAUAUAAAGUUCCAGAGUGGGAUCUCUGCUACUUUUAGAGUUAUGAUCCAAUUUGUAUGCAUUACCAACAGAGUGAAUGUGAAAAUGGAUUCCAAAUGGUUGCCCUCUGCUGGUGAUUUGCAGGAUGUGAUACAAGCAAAAGGAGGUCUGUGAUUGGUUACAUUGCCUACUAUAUCAAUUUCUCUGUGUACAAUGGGCAAUAACUUUAAAACUAGCAGAGAUCCCACUCUGGAACUUUAUGCCUGUAGAGUAUAUUAUGUUUAGCAAUAUAUUACAACAUUUGCCCAAAUAAAAAAAAUAGCAUUUUCAAUAUUCAUAUUUGUCUAUAUUCAUAAAUGUUAUUGAAAUCAAAAUACUACUCAUUAAAGAGCAAGCGAUAAAGCUUCAUAUGACACCAACUUUUAAUUUGCAGAACCUACAGAUGAAACUUUAUGGACUCUUAAAGGAGCAUUGCAACUUCAAUUAAUUAUUUCUCAAUUAUGCUUUAAGAUGCAAAUGUAAAAUAUAUGUCAAUCUUUCCUCCAAAGGACCCUUCUAGGGAUAACAUUUUAGUGAAAGUCCUGGGGGUGUUUUGUUCUUGUUGUGAGGAAUCACCCAUAGAUAUAUCUGUCCUUCAUUUUCAGAAGAUUAAAAUAUAUUAAGACAUUUAUCAGAGGGUGCACUGUUUUCAUAUUAAAGAUUUGCAGUAACAUUACUAUUACCAAUCACAUACAUACACACACACACACACACACACACACACAUCUGGGUCAUGCUACUCACUAUAGGGCUAGGCCCACUAGUCACACUGUCAUGUAAACCUAUAAUAGAACAGAUGUCUUCAGCUGAAGUUCUGUUCUAUUAAGAUCAAAUUCUAAUAACACCGUUGCAUGACCUUUGUCACUCUCCUGCCUCUGGACUCCAGUAUCCUUUUUAGCUGCUGUUGGAGGAUUAAGGAUACUGUUGGCAAACAACUCUAACUCAUCACAUUUUAUUUGUCACAUGCUUUGUAAACAAUAGGUGUACAUCUGUUGUUUAAGAAGCGUGACAAAUGUUUGAGUUGUUGGCUAACUGUGGUAACUGCCUCUCACAUGGAAUAGCCUAGAUAUUUGCGAACAGAGCAACUCUCCCACUGACUUCACUUAUCGCACAAGUUUGUGUGUGUGCGCGCUUCAGCAGAUGGAGGGGGCAGUGUGUUUGUGGAUUGUAAUUUAGCCUUGGGGCCUAGAGAUGGAUUAGGGUGACCGCACAGGCACUGCCAGUGUGUGUGUCAGACCCUUGUUUUGGGGGGGACAGUUACUGUAUGUUCUCUGGUGUGCCUUCGUCCGUCCUGGAUCAUAUUGGACCUCAGGGGGACCUCCUGUUGGACAAGGGGGAUAAAGUGGCUAAAUCUGGGGCUGUGGAAGUAGGAAAGCUCCCUGCUGCCUUUGAUCCCUGGUAGGCCUUGCAUGGGACUCCUCUGCUCUAUCCUAGCCUGGCAUGAUCACUACUUGGUGGUGCCUGUAUCUGGCAGCAAGGAAUCUCGCCAAACAAAGCAAGAAUUCCUGUCCUGUUUGAGGAUUGUUCGUCUGAUAACCAGGCAAUGUCAGGCCGUCGGGAUUGGCUUCUUAUGAAAUGACCCUGGCUUAGUUGCUGCUUCAGAUUGUUACAUAUGUCGAUCUUCUAUGAUAUUCUAGUAAUAUGACGAAAGGACAUAACAUGAUGAUAAUUGUCCUUGGAAGUUGAUGUAUUUAAUAUUGAGGCGGGUUUUGAUAGAUAGUUAGUUAGUCAGUCAUGUGUUUACAUGGUAGGGACUGCUCAGUAAGGAUGGUUGUAACGGUAAGAUGUCCAGGCUUUUGAUUCCAAAGAUCCGCUCGUACUGUAGGUCUCCUGCUGGGGUUUAGUGUGUGUGUGUGUGUGUGUGUGUGUGUGUGUGUGUGUGUGUGGGCCUAUAUGCUGUGGGUUAGAGUUGCGUGCCAAGGUGUGCUAUGGAUAAGCAGCAGGACUUACAGUGCAUUGGGAAAGUAUUCAGACCCCUUGACUUUUUCCACAUUUUGUUACGUUACAGCCUUGUUAGAAAAUUUAUUUUAAAUAGAUUUGUUUCACUCAAUCUACACACAGUACCCCAUAAUGACAAAGCAAAAACAGGUUUUUAGAAAUGUUGCUAAUUUAUAAAAAAUUUACUGAAAUAUGACAUUAUUACAGCCUCAAGUCUUCUUGGGUAUGAUGCUACAAGCUUGGCACACCUGUAUUUGGGGAGUUUCUCCCAUUCUUCUCUGCUGAUCCUCUCAAGCUCUGUCAGGUUGGAUGGGGAGUGUCGCUGCACAGCUAUUUUCAGGUCUCUCUAGAGAUGUUAGAUCGGGUUCAAGUCCGGUCUCUGGCUGGGCCACUCAAGAACAUUCAGAGACUUGUCCCAAUGCCACUCCUGUGUUGUCUUGGCUGUGUGCUUAGGGUUGUUGUGCUGUUGGAAGGUGAACCUUCGCCCCAGUCUGAGGUCCUGAGCGCUCUGGAGCAGGUUUUCAACAAUGAUCUCUCUGUACUUUGCUCCGUUCAUCUUUCUCUCGAUCCUGAUUAGUCUCCCAGUCCCUGCUGCUGAAAAACAUCCCCACAGCAUACGGUGCCAGGUUUCCUCCAGACGUGACACUUGGCAUUCAGGCCAAAGAGUUCAAUCUUGGUUUCAUCAGUCUAGAGAAUCUUGUUUCUCAUGGUCAGUCCUUUAGGUGCCCUUUGGCGAACUCCAAGCGGGCUGUCGUGCCUUUUACUGAGGAGUGGCUUCCGUCUGGCCACUCUACCAUAAAGGCCUGCUUGGUGGAGUGCUGCAGAGAUGCUUGUCCUUCUGGAAGGUUCUCCCAUCUCCACAGAGGAACUCUGGAGCUCUGUCAGAGUGACCAUCGGCUUCUUGGUCACCUCCCUGACCAAGGCCCUUCUCCCCCGAUUGCUCACUUUGACCGGGCGGCCAGCUCUAGAUCUGUGCCUUGACACAAUCCUGUCUUGGAGCUCUACGGACAAUAUCUUUGACCUCAUGGCUUGGUUUUUGCUCUGACAUGCACUGUCAACUGUGAGACAGGAUGCACCUGAGCUCAAUUUCGAGUCUCAUAGCAAAGGGUCUGAAUACUUAUGUAAAUAAGUUAUUUUAUAGAUUUGCACAAAUUUCUAAACCAGUUUUUGCUUUGUCAUUAUGGGGUAUUGUGUGUAGAUUGAGUAUUGUUUUUGAAUAAGUAUCAAUUUUAGAAUAAGGCUGGAACAAAAUGUGGAAAAUGUCAAGGGGUCUGAAUACUUUCCAAAGGCACUGUACGUUGACCAAUAAUGGUUUGCUCGUCUUUAAUUGGGCUACAGUAUAUCAAGCUAUAUACACUAACUGCACUAGAGUAGCUCUGUAAAAAUAGCAGGACAUUUUAGAAACGUGACAAGUAAUCCACUAUAUACUAUGCAAAAUGCUUUCCAAAUGGUUAGGACAUGUGUCAAAACAAGACCUGAAUAGGGUUUUGUCUGAACCUUGGCCUCAAACACUAGGAUCAGACCUAGGUUCAAAUACUAUUUAGUGUAGGCUAUUUCAAUUUCUUUCAAGGACAUUUCGAAAUAUGUAUUUGGAUAUGUUUUCUUUGAAAAUAGGCUACAAGUAGUUGAAUAUUGGAAUGCAUUUUCAAAUAUUUAAAUACUCCAUGCAUUUGAACCCAGGUCUGUUUGGUCCUAGGGGUAUUUUAAUUAAUGUAUUUGGAAAUUAGUAGUUAGGCUAUUUUUAUAGGAAGUUAUUUGAAAAUACUUGAAAAUAUUUCAAAAGUAGCUGAUUUGGCCACAUUCUUUAAAAAUACUUACAUUUAUUUGAACCCAAGUCUGACUAGGAUAUUGGUUUUGACUUAGUCUGGAGUAAAUCAAUUAAAUACAGUAGGGUUUGUUUGAUUGGCUUAAGAAAUAGAUUUCUUGGGUUGGAUUCCCAGACACAGAUUAAGCCUUUGCCUGGACUAAAGAGGUGUGCUCAAUGGUGAAUGUCAAUUUGCUUGCUUUUCACAGCAGUUUUCAGUUGACGAACCUUGAUAACUAGACUAAAGGUUCAACGCUAUCUCCUUCCCUCCCUCCAGCGUCGUGGAUCAUGUCGUCUGUGAUGCAGAAGUUGAUCACCCCCAUGGCCAGCGGCCCCGCUGAGCCCCCUAGGAACAAGGUGACCGUGGUGGGGGUGGGCAUGGUGGGUAUGGCCUGUGCCGUCAGUGUCCUCCUCAGGGUAAGUCUGACUAUAUCACUGUCUUACUGCUACUUUACAACUGCAUUACUACUCUUACUAUUGCGUUAUAAGUACUUUACAAGUACAUUAGUACUAGUUUACUAUGAGUUUACCUCUGAAUUACUACUAUUGUGAUACCAACAAAUAGUUACUACUCAGUUAUUAUGUAGGCUAGUUGUAAUUGUUGAUUUUUACCAUGUCAUUUCUAAGUAAAGACCAGGUAUUCAUGACCAAACUAUCCUUCCUCUCCUUCUGGCCCUUCUCCUCCUCUCCACCCCUACCUUCUCCUUCCCCCUCCUCCUUCCUGUAGGACUUGGCUGAUGAGCUGGCUCUGGUUGAUGUGAUGGAGGAUAAGCUGAAGGGAGAGAUGAUGGACCUGCAGCACGGCAGCCUCUUCCUCAAGACAUCUAAGAUAGUAGCUGACAAAGGUAAGAGAAUCCCCUUUGUGUGUAUGCCACUGGAGUGGCUCAGAGCCAAAAUGGCGGAAUAUGUAUGUAUUUUGCCAUUGCAAGUGUAAUGCAGCCUGUUUUGAAAUGAGUCCUUGCCAGUUUAAGGUUGAUUGCCAUUCAUUGAUUGCCAUUUUGACUUUUCUUCCUGCUAAAUGUGAAAUGGAAAAAUUAUUCUUAAUUCAAUUCCUCUUUCCCCAUCUCUGUCCAGACUAUGCCGUGACGGCUAACUCCCGCAUCGUGGUUGUGACCGCUGGCGUGCGUCAGCAGGAGGGAGAGAGCAGGCUCAACCUAGUCCAGAGGAACGUCAACAUCUUCAAACACAUCAUCCCCCAGAUCGUCAAACACUCCCCCAACUGCACCCUUAUCGUGGUGUCCAACCCAGGUACAGACACAGACAGACAAUUUAAAUCUUGGACACAAGCUAAGUUGUUUCCAUCAUUAUCCCCUAGAUUGUGUUGUCCAACCCAGUCCCAGCAUUCCACCCUUAUCAACUACUACAGUAUCACAUCACACCACUCCACAUUACAAGAUGAGAGAGAGGGCACUGUGACAAGAGUGGGGUGGCAGGGAUGGGCAGUCAUUCGUUAACGUUGUCAAGGAUAAGUGUGUAGGCAUCCGUGUGUGUUUGUGACCCUAUCCCCAACUCUAUCCCCAUCUCUCCCUACCCCUAGUGGACGUGCUGACCUAUGUGACAUGGAAGUUGAGCGGCCUGCCCAAACACCGUGUCAUCGGCAGCGGCACCAACUUGGACUCCGCCCGCUUCCGUUUCCUGAUGGCUGAGCGCCUGGGGAUCCAUGCCACCAGCUUCAAUGGAUGGGUGCUGGGAGAACACGGCGAUACCAGCGGUGAGUAGUGGUGAUGAAAGUGAUGAUUGGUCCUGGUAGAGCACAGAGACGCAAGCGGUGGGGAUGAUGGUGAUAAGAAUGGUGAUGUCUGUUGAGUGCAUACUUUAGUGGGAAUCUGAGCGCAUGUGUGAACUUCUUGUCACACCCAUUAAGCCACAAGGCUGUUGGCAGCUUUAACAGCUUUUAAAACAAAAGUACUUGUUUUGGCAUUUUUACAUCACUCUGCACAUCCAGUUCUAUGGCCGAAAUAAUGAGUUAUGAAUAAGUUGGUUGAGUCUGCUUGUGUUUUAAAUGGGAAAUUCAAAUAUUUUCUGGGUAAAUGAAUAAAUAAAUGUCUGUGUUAGUCCCUGUGUGGAGCGGUGUCAAUGUGGCUGGAGUCAACCUGCAGAAGCUGAACCCAGAGUUUGGCCUUGACGGAGACAAAGAGGACUGGAAGGCCACCCACAAGGAAGUGGUCGACAGGUGUAUAUACCCUAAACCUAUCCCUAGCUCCAUCCAGAGUCUAAAUAUGCACCUCCCACUCAACCUAGCCCUGGUAGUAAAGCUGGAGUUUACACCAUAUUGCGCACCACCUUGUGAUUCAUUCAUAUCUACUGGAGCUGUCAAGGUGUAAGGGCUAAAGUAAGGAGGAUAUCAGGCUAAUUUUUGGUAUCAUUAAAAUAACUAGUUCUACUGAUAUUGUAUACUAGAAUAAGUAUCAAAGCUCGCACUCCCUUCCAUUUUAUUUAUUUAGAAUUAACCUUUUUAUUUGAGUUAAUGUUCAUGCAGGUUCCUCCAUUAAGAGAGAGACCUGUUCAAGAUGGCAACAGUCGGACGUAGAUGUUGACUGACAGUGAUUGUUUUGUGUGCUCCUCCAGUGCCUAUGAGGUGAUCAAGCUGAAGGGGUAUACCAACUGGGCCAUCGGCCUGAGUGUGGCUGACCUCACUGAGAGCAUCAUCAAGAACAUGAGCAGGAUCCACCCUGUCUCCACCAUGGUCAAGGUGAGGGGAUUACACCCACAGACAUGUGCGUGCAGACACACGCACAGUUACACACACAUUAUGCGCAUGUACGCAUGUAAACCCACACAGAGCGAAUCAAAUGCACACAUUUCUAUGUGAUAAUGACUGACUGCUGUGUUUUGUUUCCCCAGGACAUGUAUGGUAUUGGUGAGGAGGUGUUCCUGUCCCUGCCAUGCGUGCUGAACAGCAACGGAGUGGGCAGCGUGAUCAACAUGACCCUGACUGACGCGGAGGUGGGCCAGCUGAAGAAAAGUGCAGACACACUCUGGGGCAUCCAGAAGGACCUCAAUGACAUC